AUGUUGUCGCAGGAAGCCCUGGCCAAAGUGCUGGCUGCACCGGCUCUUGCGCCACCAUCUGGUGUUACAGCUGACUUCGAUAAUCCGCCUAAUAAGAACACUCUCGCCUGGGUUGUGACAACGUUUUGUAUGGUUGUGGCGACGCUAUGUCUUUUCCUGCGUGUCUAUGCUCGAUUAUGGCUCGACAAGAGGAUUCGCAUCGAAGAAGUGAUGAUGAUUUGUGCAUACGGAGCUUACUGGGGUACAGCUUACGCUGGCUAUGCCCUAAUCUCAACUCCCGGUUACUACGUGCACACAUGGAACCUCACCAACAAAGACCUCAUCCGACCUCUUUAUCUCAUUCUCGUCUAUGGUUGCAGCUACUCAGCAGUCCUCCCGUUAAUCAAGACCGCCAUCCUGAUCGAUUGGUGUAGAGUCUUCGUCGCCGUUGACCGGUCGAGGAACCUCUUCUGGUGGGGAUGCAUGUUCGUCAGUUUCAUCCAGUGCACCUGGGGAAUCUCCUGCAUCAUCCUCCUGAACAUGCAAUGCACUCCCCACGAAGCGAUCUGGCUGUUCUACCUACCUAGCAAAUGCUAUUCCCUCCCAAAAGUCAUGCUUGCAUCUGCUAGCAUCCAGGUUAUAUCCGAUAUCCUGAUGUUCAUCCUCCCACAAAAGAUAAUCUGGGGUUUACAGAUGAGCUGGCAAAAGAAGCUAGGUGUAUCCAUCAUCUUCGGCGUCGGUAUACUGUCAGUAACCCCCUUUCCAACCAUCUCCCCAAGCCGUACCACAAAACUCACAAACCCCAGCGCCUCAGUAGCAGCCUGCUUCCGCCUCUCACACACAGUAACCUUCGCCAACGAAUCAGACAGCAUGUACCUAAUAGGCCCACUCCUCUUCUGGGCUUGCGGCGAAAUGACCUGCGGCUUCUUCAUCUUCAGCGUUCCCUGCCUCUCAAAAAUGAUCAUGGAAUCCGGUCUACCCAGCAGAGUCAAGCGCGCCCUCGGCGACAGCCGCGCUAAGAACAGCGAUCCAUCCUACGAGAACUCAUCCGGUCCGAGGUCUGGUCCUGCUUCUGGUUCUGGCGGCUUUACGAAACCGUGGAUGAAACGGCAGCACAAGAAUCCUGAGACGACUUGGUCUCAGCUUGAUGAUGAUGCUAUUCCGCUUGGUAGUCCGAAUGUUUCCGAGUCGCAGGAGAAUCUACAUCUACGGCGGGAUUUGUCGAAUUGUGGAAGUGGCGAUGGGGAUGCGGAUGGGGAUGGGGGUGGUGGUAUUCAGGUUAUGCAUACGACUAACGUGACGGUUUCGAGGGAGCCCGGCGCUGGUAGCGGGCUUUCAUCGCCGAUUACACCUUGGGUUAAAAAGGGGUAA